GACGACAUACAUAUAGGAGAAUCACACGAUGACAAGAUCAUUCAGUGUGCGUUGCGCUUCCAGCGGAAGCUCAAUGAAACAGACAAGAGUACCAAUAAGGCAAAGACGAAAGGAGUGGUUCUGUUGACGGAGGAUGUGAACAUGUCUGUGAUCGCCAUGUCUAUGGGAAUGCCGGCCCUCACGCUUGCG